AGGCUGGACUGCAGGAAUGUGAGUGUGUGUGAAUGUGUCUGAAGGGAAAGAAAGCAGUCCUGAUGGGACAGAGCCGUUUUGGAGGCAAAAGGAAACUCUGACACACAAAUCCGCGUCGCGUUUCCAAAAAUAACACACACCCUGGCUGGAAAACCAGAGCCCGAGCGCUUUUGGGGUGUUUGCUCUCCGACAGCCCAAACUCACUUUGAGGAGGACUAAAAGUUUUUGAGCUGAGGAAAGCAGCGCUGCAGCGAGCGUCUGGACGCGGACUCCCACAGAUGCGGGUGUGCGGGACUGAGCACUUACAGAGGGGGCUUCUUCUGCUUCUUAACUGUUUCUGAAGGAACUUUAUCACCGAGGAGUGGCUGACCUGACAGCGCAGUCUGAUCUCUCUCACGGGCAGUGGAGAUAUGCGAUGAUGAUGAAGAAGAUGAUGAAGAUGCAGAGCUCCGGUGGCCCCGCGGCUCUGAGCGGCUGCUGUGUCCGCUGGAGAGUGCGCUGUUCCGGGCUCUGCGCACUGCUGAUCGCCGCCGUCCUGCGCUGCUGCUCCGCGAACUCCGAUCUGCGUUUUGUGGAGAGUCCGGGUAACGUGACCUCGUCUCUGGGGAAGCCGGUGUCUCUGCAGUGUGUCCUGCAGGCGUUCGGGCUGGAUGAGGAGCCGCUGGACCUGCUGUGGCUGCGGGACGGCCGGACGCUGGAGUACGCCGACACCAACCAGAUUCAGAUGCUGGAAGAGGACCACAGCUGGACCGUCAUCAGCAAACUCACGAUCGAGGAGGUGCAGCUCUUGGAUAUGGGUGCGUAUCGGUGUGUGCUUUACUCUGGUGAAGAGGAGACGUCUUCUGCUGAGGGAUAUAUCCAGCUGGAAGGUCUUCCUCAUUUCUCGGUGGAGCCUCAGGAUCGGUCUGCGGUGGCGAAUGAGCCUCUGAGUCUGCGGUGUGAGGCUCACGGUCCGCCAGAGCCGGUGCGGGUCAUCUGGCUGCAGGACGGGGCUCCGCUGAAUGAACUGGAUGACCCUGUGGCCCUGUCGCCCUCCACACUCAACAUCUCAGGUCUGAAUAAGAGCAGCUCGUUCUCCUGUGAGGCGCACAAUCGUAAAGGUGUGGCGUCGUCUGCCACAGGUGUGGUGACAGUCCUUCCUUCUCCACCCAGCGCCAUAACAGCUGACGAGAUCUCCAACUCCAGCAUCCGUCUGUCCUGGCACUCCGGCUUUGGAGGAGUCUAUCCCAUCAGCCACUGCUCCGUCCAGGUGCAGGACUCCUCUGGAUCACUGGUCCAGGAUCAGCAGGUCAGCGGUGUGGUCGGUGUGUGUGUGAUCAAUGUGACGGCUGUGCUGAACGGGACAGAAGUGAUCUUGAGUUGGUCGGAGGUGUCUGGACGGAUCAACGGCCGGCUGCAGGGCUACAUGCUGGAGUACAGCACUCCCAAUGAGGAGCAGGCAGUGCUGGACGUGGGUUUAGACACAGAGCAGAGUGUGAAUCUGUCAGAGCCGCUGUCCAACAUUUCCUUCAGAGUGUGUGCGUACACUGGAGCGGGCCCGGGGCCCUGGACUGCCCAACACACACUCACACUCAUCCCCACAGAAACAGGCCAGUCCAGAGGUUCCCCCACUCCUGCAGUGUUCUCCUGGCACUGGUGGUAUGUGGUGAUGGCAGUGGCCGUGGCCGUGGCUUUGGCAGUGUUGCUGGCCGUCUAUGGGACCAGGCUGCGGCGCAAGGAGACACGAUUCGGUGAGGCGUUUGAGCCCAUGAUGGAGAGUGGAGAGCUGGUGGUUCGAUAUCGAGCUCGACGCACAUACAGCCGCCGCACCACUGAAGCUACACUGAACUCUCUGGGCAUCAGUGAUGAGCUGAAGCAGAAGCUGCAGGAUGUGAUGGUGGACAGACACAGACUGACCCUGGGAAAAACACUGGGAGAGGGUGAGUUUGGCUCUGUGAUGGAGGGUUCUCUCUCUCAGGAGGACUCGGUGCUGAAGGUGGCAGUAAAGACCAUGAAAAUCGCCAUCUGCACCCGCACAGAGAUGGAGGAUUUCCUCAGAGAAGCGGCCUGUAUGAAGGAGUUUGACCACCAGAACGUCAUGAGGCUCCUGGGUGUGUGUCUGCAGACUGUGGAGAGUGAAGGUUACCCGUCUCCGGUGGUCAUCCUGCCCUACAUGAAGCAUGGAGAUCUGCACAGUUACCUGCUGUACUCCAGACUGGGAGACUCUCCAGUGGCUGAAUGAGAACAUGAAUGUGUGUGUGGCUGACUUCGGCCUCUCCAAGAAGAUCUACAAUGGAGAUUACUACAGGCAGGGCCGCAUCUCCAAGAUGCCCGUCAAGUGGAUCGCCAUCGAGAGUCUGGCCGACCGAGUGUACACUACUAAGAGUGAUGUGUGGUCUUUCGGAGUGACCAUGUGGGAAAUCGCCACGCGAGGCCAGACGCCGUACCCUGGGGUGGAGAACAGCGAGAUCUAUGAUUACCUGCGGCAGGGCAACCGUCUCAAACAGCCUCCAGACUGCCUGGACAGCAUAUACUCCCUCAUGUUCUCCUGCUGGCUGCUGAGCCCCAAGGACCGGCCAAGCUUUGAGAUGCUGCGCUGUGAGCUGGAGAAGGUUCUGGAGGAUCUGCCGAGUCAGGACCCAGAGGAGAUCCUGUAUGUGAACAUGGAGGAGAGCAGUGGGGAGCUGGGGGCCACUGGGGGCCUGCCGUGUGCUCUGGGGGCCCUGAAGGGCUCGGUGGCCACAGUGGAGGUGCACCCACCCAGCCGGUACGUGCUCUGCCCACAGCUGGAGAACCAGCGGCUGCUCAGCGCACACUCCACCGACAGCCUGGAGCUCCCGGGCCUCGGGGCCGACCUUGACCCUGAACCUGAGCCCCAGCCAUCGUCCUGCUCCACACCCCUGCCAGAGAGACAGAGCCCGGAGCUGGAGCCCCACAGCAGGAGAGCGGCCUGGCACUGAGGGCCACACUGAGCCCUGCACACACACACACUGCUCUCCUGCUCCAUAUAUCACGUCCAGAAACAUGUUUCCAGGAGGAGUGUGACCCAUCUCACCCUCAGCCUCAGGGCCCGGACACCAGCUGUGCUGCCGGCCGCAUCUCUGGACCAAAAAGUUGCACAUGAACACACCAAACAGACAGUGGUGACCGAGAGUGUGUGUCCUGCGUCUGUGUGAGGCAUGUGUGUUUUCACACCAGCAGGGGGCAGUGUGUGUUUCUCGUCCACAAAGGGAAACGCAGCGCUCGGCUCCAUCAUCACAGUAAUCAUCAGUGCACAGAGGGAGUCACUCCUGCACAUAUGUCUGAUAAUCGAAUAAUCCGUAUAGUCUGAGAAUAUUUGAGAAAUGCAGCAACAUUACUGCCGCAUACUUUGCUUUCCUUAUCGACUUGUUUACUUUGGCACGUCACUUUAGUAUUUGUUCUCUGAUUCGUUACUGAAUAACCAAUCAGAACGCUCUCCUCAUCUGAUUAUACAUGCAGAAUCUGGCCAAUAAGCUCCUGAGGAGAGGCGACAUGUGGAGCACAAACACACUAGCCAGAUCCACGGCCAGCCCUCUUUAUUAAGACAUGAACGAUACGGCAGUCUGUACAGCGUGUGGAGGAGAUGACUGCUC